AGUGAUCGUCGUGUGCGUGUUCAGUUUUUGUUUCUCAGAGAAACUUCCAAACCUCGCGAUCUUAGAACUACUGUAUUGUGAUAAUUCCGUUGAUCAGACUGGAAGGAACUGAAAUUUUUCGAGACUGCCUGCCUUUGUCAUACGAUCAAGCUGAACUUGCUUUCCAAAUCCGUUGGAAAUCAAUCUCCAGCCACGAGAUUUGAGUCCUACCAUGCACCUCGAGACGCGUACAGCGUUAUUAUAGCGAUGGCAGCGACUCGGAAACUCCAAGGUGAAAUCGAUAGGUGCUUGAAGAAAGUAACCGAGGGCGUUGAAAUAUUCGAAGACAUCUGGCAAAAGGUGCAUAAUGCGGCGAAUGCGAAUCAGAAGGAAAAAUACGAAGCCGAUCUCAAAAAAGAAAUCAAGAAACUUCAACGACUACGGGAUCAAAUUAAAUCGUGGCUUGCGUCCGGUGAAAUCAAGGAUAAGACCAUCCUUCUAGAUACUAGACGAUUAAUAGAAACGCAAAUGGAGAGAUUCAAGGUAGUGGAACGGGAGACGAAAACCAAAGCGUACUCAAAAGAAGGACUCGGAGCAGCGCAGAAACAGGAUCCAGCCCAGAGAGAACGAGAUGAAGCAAAUAAUUGGUUGUCGCAGUCUAUAGAAAAUCUCCAAAUUCAAGCUGACCAGUUUGAAACUGAAAUCGAAAACCUACAAAUGUUCACCAAGAAGAAAAAGCUGGAUAAGGACAAGCAAGAACGGAUAGAUCACCUGAAAGCGCUGCUGGACCGGCAUCACCUGCACAUAAAAAAGCUAGAGAUGGUCAUGAGGCUUCUAGACAACAUGUCGAUCGAUGUUGAUAGGGUUAACAGCAUAAAAGACGACGUAGACUAUUACAUCGAGUCUGCUUGGCAGGAGCCUGAAUUCGACGGGAACCCCUACAUCUACGACGAAAUAAACUUUGACGUUCUCAACCAAAACCCUGUGCGAGAGGUGGGUAUGAAUGCAGCUGGACUGGAUCCAGAUAUCGACGUGAUCAGCGGGAUCAACACAGGCUCAACACCGUCUGUGGUCUCCUCCUCUUCUCCUGUGCCGUCGCUCAGUGCUGUGGGCACUGCUUCGUCGUCCAAUAGCCAUCAUUCCAUGAAUGAAGACAUCGGUUCGCAUUCGUCAGUGAUGAACGACAAAACCCGGCACCGGUCUAGUGAAUCAGAGACUUCAGGGAAAAGAUUUGGGUCAACAGCAACAAGUUCAACGGGAAGCAAUUCUCACGGGGUGAACAAUAACACGUCACCCCUGGUAUCCGCAUCGGUCUCGCCGCCUCCGCAACAGCCAGUCCGUGUUGCAUCGCCAACUCCUGUGCCGCCGUCUCCUGUGAAGGGGGCGCCUGUGCCUGCCGCCAACACAGCCAUCGCGUCACCUGCGCCGCAGCAAUCGUCCAUCAGCUCCGCCACUCCCAACAACUCUUCUUCUUCGUCAGGCAAAAAAAUCACUUCAAGUGCAGCACCGACCACGAAUGGGCCUACCUACGCGUCGCCAUCGCCGCCGUCUUCGCCUGCCAUGACGCCGUCGGCGGUGUCACAGCAACAGCGCUUUGCCCUUAUGAAUGGCCUGUCGUCGCCGUCACCGGCGACGAGUAUGCCUAGCUCGUCGCUGUCGUUGCCUUCCUCGCCGCACGUAGUGCCGUCGUUAUCUGCGAUAGCCGGAUCCGCCUCUGUUGGAAAAGGAGUACUGUCGUCGCAUCCGGCGACAACGGCACCCACGUCAGUCAUGAACAGUAGCGUCGUCCGGCAACUAUUCCAGCAAACAUCCGCCUCAACUGCCUCCACGACUUCGACAGUAUCCUCUUCGGACUCGCGGACCGUCAUCUCAGAGCUUGCAAAUAAUCGAGACGAACUGGUGAAUCUGGGUACGAAUCUGAUUUCCGACUUGAAGAACGCACGCUUGGAAACAUCUGCAAGUUCUGUGCCUGUGAAAUCGGAAGUGGCUCCUUUGUUGGGUCUGGCGAAAGAAGCCGUGCUGAAUGCUCAAAACUCGUCGUCGGAAGCCGAGAAGACGUCAUCGUCGUCGACGACGAAGGCGGGUCUGUCGCAGCUGGAUCUUAUAGCUAUGCUGGAUAGCGUGCGGGCGAACUCGACAACGACGACGACGACUCGGUCUGGCACAGGAUCCAACCCGUUUCAACUCCAGUCGUCAUCGACGACGUCAAGCACGUCGAAUCAUCUGUCGCUCGGGGUGAACCUGGGUGGUGGCAUUGAUAAGGCGUCCAUAGCAGCUUUCAUGGCGGAGAACAAGUUGAACGCUCUGUCGAGUUCGACAGCUAGCUUGCAUUCGCAAAUCUCGACAACCAGUUUGCUAGGCUCGGUGACUGGAGGACAGCAGCCGCCUGGGAUCGGUUCAUCCAGCGGUGGGGGUUCUUCGGAUCUCGGUUCCCGACUCGAUGUGGGUUCGCCGUCGCAGAGCUUCGUCGGUCCUUCGUCUUCCGCGAGCUCGGUGGUGAGUAGUACAGGGAGCGGGGAGACGCGGAUUCCGCCGACAGUGGCCAUAAACCCACUGGGUCCGGGCACGUUGAGUAAAGACCACGUGUCGCAGUUGAAGCAUCUCGACACCUCGCUCUACCGACUGCCGAUCCAGGCUGACAGCGAGCGAACGAGGAUGGUGCCGCGGUCUCCGGUUUCCGGGGUGCCGCCAUUCUAUCCCCAAAUGGUCCCGGCCGGGUGUGAUACGAUGGAAUUCUUCUCAAGAUUAUCCACGGAGACUUUGUUUUUCAUUUUCUACUACAUGGAAGGGACGAAGGCCCAAUAUCUCGCAGCCAAGGCACUCAAGAAGCAAAGUUGGCGCUUUCACACGCGAUACCUCAUGUGGUUUCAGCGACACGAGGAGCCGAAGAUGAUCACAGACGAAUAUGAGCAGGGGGCUUACAUCUACUUCGACUUCGAGAAGUGGAGCCAGCGCAAAAAGGAGGGUUUCACGUUUGAGUACCGAUACCUUGAGGACCGGGACCUGAACUGAUGAUCCUCUGGCACGAAAAGGAAAAAAAAAUCUGGAGGAACGGGGAAGAAAACUAGAGCUGCGAUGCCGUUUGUUCACGCUGCCUCACGGGAAAAAAAAAUUCUUCUUGCAAAAAAAAAAAAGGAAAGGAAAACCUGAAAUUGCUGUCCCCCCGUUCUUUAAUUUUCCUCUGAUUCCUUCAUCUUCUUCGUUGUCUCUUCCUCCGGCGACGGAGGAAAAAGUGUAGAAAAAGAAAUUUAAAAGAAUAAAAGAAAAGAUGAAUCAUCCAGGAAGAGAAAAAGAAUCCCCGCAUUUCCGUCUCUCGCGCUCGUUGUCCGUUUCGCAGGCAGACGGGUGUUUUCCCCUUCUCCGUUUUGUUCUCCCGAUGUUCGUCUCGAGAAGAAAGAAGCGUUUUGACGUCUCUUGGUGUCGAUUAAACAUGCGUACUUGUGUCGAUUCCGUCGAUGAGGAGGAGCCCGGGGGUUGCUUGUGUUCCGCAACUUGUCGAUUCCGCGCGCGCUUCCGGGUCUCCGCAGCAAUUGUUUUGUUUCUUCUCAUCGCGCAUUCGUAACUGUGAAAGGGUAGAGGGUAGGGAAACGAGAAAAAAAGAAAAGCCGUCGAGGAGCCGGCGAGACGUAGAUAAGCUCUGAACAAAAAAAAAGAAAGAAUUUGAGUGGAUUAUGGAGAGAAAUUUUAAGAAAAAAGAAGCCUCUUGCGGAUAAACGAUCUGGUUCUGGAAACAAAAGCGGUCG